GGGAUAUUUAACUUGGGUUUGAGCACCGCUCGCAACAGACACACUCAUACACAGUGUGUCUAAGCAAAGAGACGCUCAGCGCCAAGUCUCAGACCUCCUAAAGUAGGAGAAAGUAAGUAGGCGCUACUGUAGCAGCUAUCAAAGGAGUAAAGAUUCUCCCCCAGGAAUUACUGCAAACACUGACCGGGCAAAAGACUGCAGAACUUGGGCUGAUUCGACCAUUGCAACCGCGGUGGGACUUGUAGCUCUUUUUGAUAUCAAUAGCGAAAUCAUCAAUGUCAUUGAGGUGAAAAGGGAAAUCAAACUGAACUGAACUUAAACUGGCAUGUUAGCUUUUGCGUUUGAUAUGCAUUUUAUUCGUGAAAGUUUAUAUUAAGUUGUGAAGUUGUUUUCGUUUUAAAUUGUUGUGCGCAAAACCACUGUGCGUCCUGGAGGAGUAUUUGUAGGGGUAAAGCUACAUUUUGGUUUGGAUAGACCUUUUCAUCAGGACCGGGAAAUGGUUCUGCUUGCAUAGGUGUGGGAGAGAGACUACAGUGGUGCGUUUUGCCAAAGAGAGGACAUCAGACUACACGUGGACAAUUUCAGUGAGGUCCCAACAGAACGUUGGAAUAUCGUACGGGGACUGAAUAAAGUCACACGACACCUCUCAUCCCAUGGAUUCUAAACUCGCGUUUGGACUCUCUCAAACCUGAGCGUGCCAGGGCAAGUUGAAAGAAGCCACGUUUAUAAAAGUCGCCUGUAAAAAUAACAUUGACCAAGACAGCCCUAGUUGCCGGGCCCAUGACAUUUAAAACUUGGUGAAGUACUUUUUUGUGCGCCCUUCUCUCUCUGGGCGUUCUGGAUCUAUUUUGUCUCUGAGGAUAACGCGGAUCUUUAGAAACACUUUAUUCCACGCAACUCUCGCCUCAGCCACUGUCAUCCAGUCUAGACAAUUUGUCGUGGCUUUGAGUGUCCCUGGCGUAACCAUGACAACAACAAGAACCCCAAAGUGAAUUUGAGAAAAAGAGUGAAACGGGAGAGUGGGUGAAUAGAGUUUUUCCAUUUUGUUUUGUGCCCUUUUGGUUAAGCCUAAACUUUGUUCUUUUUUUCUUCUUUUUGUUGUUGUUGCGAAGAGGCUCUCCGCGUUCUACAAGAUUGCAUCAGCAGAUUGCUAAGGUUCCCUAAAAAGAAACUCCACUCCAUGUCAUUCAAACCCGACGUGGUCUAUUAAAAAGGAUCGUCUUGCUCGUGCCUCUACUUCGACUAUUUAUGAAGCCCCCGGGCUACUCAUUUCAAAGUGCACAGUAGCGGUGAAAAUAACGUAAUAUUUAAUACACCCUGGGAGCCAUCACGCAAAGUUAAAUAUGGGCUUCUCACAGACGCUACUCGUUUAUGUACUUGUGUCCAUUCACCUUGGAGUUUCUCAACAUUAUCUACGCCUGCGCCCCUCGCCCAGCGAGCACCUUCCGGUGCCAGACCUCAAGGAGGACCCAGACCCGGAAUACGACCCCCGGGAACAGGACUUGGCCGAGAGGACUCUGCGGAAAAAGCUCGGCAGCAACUUUGAUCCCAAUUUCAUGUCAAUCAGCUCGCCCAUGCUGGUGAACCUCUCCGUGCAAGAAACCCAGAUGAAACUUCAAGGACCCAUGCCCAACGAGGUUAAAAAGCUGGAUCUCUCGGAGACCCCCUACGGGAAGCGGGUAAAAGUGGGCAAGAAAGCCCGCAGGAAAUUUCUGCAGUGGCUGUGGACGUAUACGCACUGUCCGGUGGUGUAUACCUGGAAAGAUUUGGGCUUGAGGUUCUGGCCACGCUACAUCAAGGAGGGAAACUGCUUCAAUGAGCGCUCUUGUUCCUUCCCCGAGGGGAUGUUUUGCAAACCUGUCAAGUCAAUCACCAAGACUUUCCUCCGGUGGUAUUGUCAAGGGUUUUUAAGACAGAAAUAUUGUACGUGGAUACCGGUGCAAUACCCAAUCAUCUCGGAGUGCAAGUGCUCUUGCUGAGUUUCAAUGGAAGUAGUAGGGUCGGGGAAGUGGACUGGAAAUAUACGGUUUCUAUUGCACUGUAAACUCUGGACAGAGGUGGGCACCAUAGCGAAUCUAUUUUUUUAUAUAGCAUUUGAAUUGAAAUGCCAACAUUGUACAUAUUUAAGAAAAAUGCAGCUAUUUUUUUUUAAUGAACAGGACCAUAUUUUAUUUCAUCCCUGAAACGUGUUUUUGGGGGAACACAAGCACUUCAGAAAGAAGAGCUUUUAUUUUUUAUGAAAAAUUUAAGAUGGAAUGCAUAUACAACUUCUCCAAGAAGUUCACUUUUUUCAACUGAACAUUGAUGCUGACUGUUAAUUCACUGCAAUGCUGCCUAGAGCUUUUGUAUGAUAUUAAUAUCAAUAAUAAUUCAAUUAAAAGUUGAGGAUAAAGAUAUAUAUAAGGCGUGAACUCAGCUGUUGGAAUACAUAGUAUUUUGUAGAAAUAAACAAAUCUGUAUGUUUUAUUUAUUAUUUUAACGAUUGUGAGUAUAGAACAUAAGGAAAGAAAAUAGCAGAGUAUACCAGAAAUUAUGGGAGAUGUCUACUUGAAUAUUUCUACAAAAUAAAAUAAAAAGUAAACAUAUCAGUGUAAAUGUUAUGGUUACACGUUUUAGCAAUAAAGUCUAUCUCUUCAACAUGUAUUAGUGUCAAGCAAGUUGCUUAUAAAGUGUGCGCCUGUCCAAGGGGGGCGUGUAUGGUCGUGGAGUGGAAUGGAGUUGCUAAAUGCACAGUAAGUCCGAGCUGAAAUGAAUCGGGAUGUGGGGGACGUUACUGACGCUCCACGCUGUCACUGUGAUUUUAGAAACGGGUGAUUUACUAUGUUGUGUAAUGCGCAACACAUACUUAAAACUUCUCGACAGAAUUGGCAUUCAUUGUUUCGAGCCAGCGGAGAGGAGAGGCCAUGCGUAUCCAUCCUAUCUCUUACGCAAACGCUCAUUUCUCGCUUCCAAGGUCUUAACACAACAGUAACAUAUGAUUAAGACAUUUGAAACCGUGUCCGAUGAUGACAUGGCGGGUUACACGCAAGCCAGUGUCGUCUGGGUCUGUGCUAUUCAUUCACUGGAAGCACUGCUGCACUGCUGCCUUUUCAAGCCCUAUGACAGCAUACGAAAAAAAACAAAGACCAUAAAACAAUGGUCAACUGUUUUUGACGUUACCAGACUAUUAAUUGGAGAAUGUCUGAACUGCCUGCAAAUUAAAGAGAUAUGGUCAAUUACUCCAUGAAAUCAAAGCAACGACUCAUUUGGCCUACUCCAGGGGUUUUAUGGUGUUUAUAUUAUUCUUUGAAUACAAUCAACAACUUAAACAGUCGCCAUUAACCAAUGUUUGGAACAUUACAAAAUGUUCUUAAACUGGAGCUAUAUUAUUUCCCCCAACACACCAUCUUGUGCGCGUUAAAGUGAUUUGUGUCUGCGGGCUGAGUUGGAUUUGACACUUGCCGCACGGUUAUUGUGACAGAUAUACUGAAGGGAUUUUGUAAGGAGAGGAGAGCGGCAAUAUGCCAGCGGAGGAGGGGGGCUGCUUUCCUUUGCUGUCAGCUUCUUUCUUGAUGUCUCAGGGUUUUAGAAACUGCGUCUCUGACUCGGCGGCGCCACUCAGCCGCCCCCUCUCGACUGCGCAGAAUGAACCACUUUGGGAAACAGUAACCCUUUCAGGCUCUGCCCAGAGUGUAUUUUAGAAGCGUGUGAAAGGCUAUACGCCACCAUGGCUCCCACGAGCUAGGUGCACACCUUUUAGAACAGCCCUGUCAUUGCAAUCUGGCGUUGUUCGUUUGGAUUGUUCUGUGUUAUAUAGUUUCCUUGCUAUUUCAUAUCAUUGAUCUCUAGAAUGUAUAUUCCUCCACGAUUGUAAGGUGUGAAUCUUAUAGAAAAGUAAGCCACCGAAGACAAAUUAUAUUUAAAAAAAACUUGGAGAUGAUAUGAAAAACACAAAUUACGCACGUAUGUUAUAGUUCAUUUUAAAAACACAUAUUAACGCACGGAUUUUGUGUUAACCAUUUGAUGUCUGAAAUCUUGCUAUUCAGUCAUUAUAAUUCCAACAGGCAUGAACAGUUGGA